AGAUUCACCUGCCCCUGCUAGAGUUCAUCCUAAUACAGUGCAACCGAAGAACCAUCCAAUGCUGGUUACUUUACUCAACAAAGAUCAACCUAUUAUCACCAACAACAACAACAACAACAACAACAACAAAUGCAACAACAACAACUACACUACCAAGGUGAUAUGCUGCCACAAUAUAACAUGACUACGCCCAUGCAGACAAACCAGCUACCCGACAACUACUUCACCCAUCCUCCCCCACCAAGACAGAUGCCACCCCCUCCUAGUUACCCAAACUCCAUGCAAGUCAAAGGGAUGAACCAACAACAAUACCAGAUGCCGUACCAAUCCCAACCCUCACCUUUGAACUUGGAUGACCUCACAAGCCCCAUAAGCACAUCCAUGACCUCGCCAUCAUUUGGUUGUCACACAUCAGUUACACCUCCACUUGUUGGGAUCCACGGCCUUGCCUCCCCUGUAACCCCCAACGCCCCGUCACCCAUGUACACGUCCUUGCCUUCACCCAUGAACCCCCCGAUGAAUACCCCCCAACCCUUACCCAUAACUUCCCCCAUGCACCCCGCGAUGACCCCACCCCUGACCUCACCCGCGCCACGCAAGGGAAGUGUGAGUCGACGAGCGUCACGUCAGAAAUCCAACUCCAUAGAAGCUACAACCUCCAUAGACAUGCAGGACCUCACUGAUAUUGGUUUCAAUCAACAGUUCGAUGUGAUGAACACAGAGGACAUGAACAACCCAAUGGCAUUCACUCCUCAAAACCCAGGUGUGAGUCCUGGCCACAACGUAAAUUAUAUGCAGCGUGGUUUGGUAUCUCCUGUGAGAACUCAAUCCAUGGUAGGAUACCACACGCCACUACAACACCAGCAUUCAAAUAAUAGAUCAAGUAAUUUCCCAUUUGACCAGGACAUGAUGUAUGAUAAUGAAUUUACAAGGUCGAACCCAUUACGAGGCAAGUUGUCCAACCCACCCUCCUUUAUGCCCCCCAUGUCAGCUGCUAACAUCAAUGCAGAAAACUCGAAUGAAAUGAAAGUGUCUGAAAUGUUUGAUGAACAAGAGAUGUCAGCUCCACCAAGCUACCACUCCAGCCAACCAAUAAGUGGCCAAAAUAAUGACGACACUGAUGUUUUUACCUUCGAUGAUAAUAAACCACCAUCAAAAAUAAGCAUGCCGGAUCAACAACAACGAAAUAAACAAGAAAUUCAACAACGCAUGGCAACUUCAACACCAGCUUUACCAAGCCAACAGAGUCAUGACAUCACAACCAAACCAGUUAUAACAACAACAUCUAAUAUACCAGCCAUGCAUAAACCACUGGUGCGACAAAAUGCAAUGUUUAAAGGAAGUAGUCAGGCCGCUAAACCCACAACUGUGGGACAGACGAAGUUGAGUGAUGGUAAAGAGCGAAAGAAGAAAGGAUCAACCAAAGAUGAUGGAAAAGCUGCUCCCAGGAGGAGAGGAAGACCUCCAUCCAUUGAUAAGAAGGAGCAUUCAGUAAAGCGUAAAAAAGUUGAAACUUUCGUUGCUUCGUCUGAAGACAACGAGGUUCGACCGAAGAUUGUAUUGAAUGUUCAACUUAAUAAUAAAGGAGUUCCCAUAUCUUCGAUUACUAAGACCAAACCAGUACCUCCUGAAACCCCACCACAGCCAGAGAAAGUUGCCCCUGUCCCAGAAGCCACCACAAGCAGCAGCAAGGCAGUGCAAGAUCUCCAAGGUUUUCCCGCCGAUUUCCAGCGUUAUUUAAACAAUCAAGCCGAGAUGCAUCGAAAGAAAAAAGAGAAAAAGUUGGUCACGGGUUCCUUAUCUCCCAUCACUACACAGUCAAGCAAGAACAACGGGAAAGCAGCCUCUGGUCAAUCAAACACAGCGGUAAUUAAGGGGAAUGCCCCAUCUGGAAGUCGUAACCAAUUCACACCAAUCAAGUCAGCCUCAGUGAGCGCCGGUAGUAAAUCAAACGUGUCAAGACCGGUUCCAUCUGGUCCUCCCUCCCCACAACCCAAGCAGUCGUCCACCGGGUUCCAAACAAAAGGUGGAGUGGCCGGCGUCCGUCACCGCAAGAGUUCCAUAAUAGAAGUGGUUGACAUGCUGCAUGCAGGGCAAGCGCCAGGUGCCCACGCAAAGGCUACAACCCCUACAGCGACAACUGCGCAACGAACCACAGGUUCUGUGCUGAAGUCAUACGACCGGCAGCAAAGUUCAAGCGAAACCAACUCUGCCUUGAAACUAAAACCAACCCCCCUCACCCAAGGCAAAACUUCAACACAAUCAACCACCGCUGUCAAACUUGGUGGAAAGUCACCAGCAGGUGGCAGUAGUGGGAAGUCAUCGGUGGCAAUCAAGCAAGUUUUGAGCAAAAGUCCUAGUUUUGCUGCUAAACACGGCACAAUAGUGAACCGUGCUAACACAGUUCGUAAAGAAAGCAAGCAGAAGUCUAUUGUGGUUCCAGUCUCGAAAUCACCACCGAAAAACACGGCUUUGGAUCCCAAAAUGAAACUGACGCUAUCUAAGAUUCAGGAGUUUGCAAGUGCUCAAACUUUUAAACCAAUGAACGUCGAAACAAAACAAACUCGCCCAGCGAUCUUACGUCCUUCUUCUGGUGGAAAAUCUCCCGGCAGAACCCCCACCCCACCACAGAACAGAGCAAUACAUAGAAGUGAAACAUUACAAGCAUUGUUGAAGGGUAGAAAAUCACCUUCUCACGCUGCUGUCCCAUCUAUGAGCCCAACAGAAAACCUGUCUUCUCGUCCAAGUUCAAGCCUUUCUGUUAUUUCUGAUGAAGAUGAUAAAAUGUCAUCUAAAACCGCUGUUGCAGGGAUUUCCCCUUUCAUGAGAAAGCAACUUGCCCAGCAAGAGGGGACUGGUAACCCGAACCGGAUUGAACCAGUUGCUACGGGUCCUAUAGAUAACCCUGGAACCCCCGAGAAUAAGUUGGUGAUUGACGAUGCUCCGGGUGAUAAGUUUGUGGCAGUUCAACAGGAUGUUCCAUCAACUAAACAUGUGUUGCCCCCAACAAACACUGCCCCGGCAUCGACUCCGGUGUUGGAAGCUGUGGCGCCAUCUGCUGAUUUCACUAUGUCCCCGAGUAUAAGCGACAACCAGUGUUUGCCUGACGAUGAUUUGAUGAACGCUGCCGUGUCUUAAAGUUGUCGGAAUCAUUUUCAAAUCAGAUUUAGCACCUGGAUCGAGAAAUAUCUUGACGUUUCAUAUUCUUUCAAAGUAGGAUUUGAAAACGUCACGCCUGGACCUACAAUGUUGUAAGACGGUCGGUGACAAAUCAGAUGCUCUCCGGAAACUUUUUGCUAUAUUUUCGUAACUUUUAGCUGAUAUUCAGUUUAUUCACGUUUUGAUAUAUAUCUUUUGUAUUGGAUAUUUUUCAGCUAACAGCACUUUUUGGUGCAGAAUCUUUAAGAUUGUUAUAAUUUGCUGUUAGUGUAUUUGUUGUGUACUCUGUCGUUUUCACGAUUGUGUCGAACUCUUCGUGUUGUUUUUUUUUCGGCCGAGGAUAUAAAAUUUAUAAAUGCUUGCACUACAUAAAAAGCUGUUAACGUUGUUGUGUGGUCGUUUUGCGUUUGGAAAAGUUUUGAUACAUAGUUGUUAUGUGCACCUCGUGCGCAGUGUCAAGCUGACCAUAAAAAUAUAUCUUUCUCUGCAUGUCAAACACCGACAAAGUUACAUACAUGGUAACACGUAACCGUUUUAUGACGAAUGUCGUUGUCUCGCCAUGCAAGGAUAAAUAAAUUAAAUACAUUCAUUAAAAACAUAUUCUUACGAUCUAUGAUUAGCAAAUCUAUU